ACCGUUUGGACGAUUCCGCUCUCAUAUUACAAGAAUUUUGAUAACAAGGAUAUAACGCUAGCAUUUGUAUCCGAGGCUUCACAAGAUUUAGAAGUUUUAGUGGAUCCCAGUGCUAAUGGACUCAUCAAAUUCAAUGUCGACAGCAGAGGAAUGUAUAUAAUUAACUACCCGGAAGAGGAUUGGGACAAAUGGACAGACGCUUUGCAGAAUAACGCCGCAGUGUUGGCUGCACUGACUCCGGGAGAUAGGGCUAACUUCCUACUCGACGCCUACCUACUGUCCAAAGCUAACUACUUGUCAUACGUAAGGCCAUUACAAUUAGCGCAGUAUUUGGUGAAAGAGGAGCACUUGACGCCAUGGACUGUAGCCCUGGAAUCGUUGAGACAAAUCCAGAAAUAUAUGUUCACAACAGACAAAAGGACUCAAUUAAUGGAGUCAUUGGUAAAGUUAGGACAACCAGUGUUUGAGAAGCUGGGAUGGGAUGACACGGGAUCGGACACUGAGAAACGGUUGAGGACUAGUAUCAUUGAGUUUGUGUGCAGUCAAUACCAUAAGCCAUGCCUUGAGAAAGCACUCGAGGAAUACAAGAAAUUUAAAUCAGACACCAAAUUGAGACCAAAUCUCUUGACACCGACUCUGAGAUAUGCGAUGAGACAGAGCAGUGAUACAAACGAUUGGGACUUCUUGUGGUCGAAAUACUUGAGCGAAAACUCGUCAACAGUUAAACAAACCUAUUUCAAUGCACUCUCAUAUACCACAAACCCUACGACUAUCAAAACACUAUUGGAUCGAUCCCUGGACUCAAAACUAGUCAAAACUCAAGAUAUGGUAACUCUUGUCAACAAUUUGGGCGCCAAUUGGGACGCAUUGCAGAUAUUGUGGGAAUAUUUCAAAGAAAAUCAUUCAAAAUUCCAGCAAAAGCUGUCGACAAUACAAUUGGGAAGUGUUUUUAAUAACAUCUGCAGCUAUUUCACAAACACCACCAGAAAACAA